AUGAAGAAUUGGACUCAUUUCACGGUGGAUGGUGGACCACCCGCCAUAAAAUAUUGCUAUAAUUUCAAGCACCCAAUGCAUACAGCAAUUAACGUCACUCUCCUAAUUAGGCACUAUAAAAUGCGGGGGAUUUGGAAAAGAAUUCUCUGCAAGAAAAAGAGCAGUGGUAUUGCUGAGGGAGCAAGAGAUUUGGGAAUGACAGGAUCAAAGGUCUACAAUCCUCAGAAUUUGGGGCGGCCAUUUAGGGGUUGGGGGGCUGGCCAGGCUUGGGAGGCUGGCCGGGCUUGGGGGCUGGCCGGGCUUGGGGGGUUGGCCAGGCUUGGGUGGCUGGCCAGGCUUGGGAGGAGGACUGUGCUGCGGCGGUGGUGGUGUACCAGGAUUGGGAGGCUGGGGAGGAGGACCGUGCUGCGGCGGCGGCGGUGGCGGUUUACCAGGCUGGGGUUCGGGCUUGCAAAAGCCGGAGCUGGCUGGACUGAAAGAUGA